UUCUUUCUUCCUUAGCCUCAAAAAUCCAAUUUAAAACCUCCAUUUUUUCUUCAACAUGAACAGCACAAUUGUGGAAGAUAGUAGUGAAGGUUCAGAUCCUGAGUUAAGUGAAGAAACCUUUGGUAAGAAUUAUGGCUAUGGCAUUGGAUUUUCACUUGGAAUCCUAGUAUUACUUGUAAUCAUAGCAUAUGCUUCAUAUUUAUGCAUUCGAACGCGAUCGCGCAACAAUUCUAACGUGCCUAAUUUUAAUCCAUCUUCCUCUAAUGGCAGUUCUAUGACUACAGUUACAGUUGAUAAUGAUCAAUUGGUUUUUAUUCAACAAGGUUUAAAUGAAGAUAUUUUGAGAAAUUAUCCAAAGUUAUUGUAUUCUGAGGCUAAAGUUCACAAAGGGGAGUUUGAUGUCUCUGGAUGUUCAAUUUGUUUGGCAGAUUAUAAAGAUAGUGAUUUACUUAGGAUAUUGCCUGAUUGUGGCCAUAUUUUUCAUGUCAAAUGUAUUGACCCUUGGCUAAGGCUUCACACAACUUGCCCUAUUUGUAGAAAUUCUCCACUUCCAACUCCAUUGACUACUCCUUUGGUGUGAUUCCAUCUGCAAUUUAGGUAAUUUAAGUUGAGUCCAUUUCCUUUCUUUUUCCUUUUGAUUUUUUGGGGGUGGUGGGGAGAGGGUUAGUGGUUAAUGUUUUGAGUCUUUUUUUUUUUUUCUUGUAUGUAAAAAAUCCAGAUGACCAUACACUUCAAGUUAUUUAAAUGUAAAAAGUCAGUCCGGUGCACUAAUCUCGUGCUAUGUGCGAGGUCUAGGGAAGGGUCGGAACCACACUGGUCUAUUAUACGCAAUCUCAUCCUGUAUUUCUUCAAGAAACUUUUCCACAGAUUGAACUCGUGACUUCCUGGUCAUAUAGCUCCCCUUGAGAUUAUUUAAAUGUAGUGAUGAAGUAAAUACUACCCA